GCUAUUGCUUAGGGCGGCUAUAUAAAUGCGCGUCGCAGUGAAGUACACAUCGCAGCGCGGUACUGUACCGUACUUCACUUCACAAGCAACUUCACCACAGUAAACUGUUGAGAUUUUGAAAGGAAACCACGGACACCGAAAAAUUGUUAAAACUUUACAGGAACAACUUUUCACUGGUGAAGCCAACGCUGGAACUAUGGACGAUUUAGACGCUUUGUUGGCGGACCUGGAAUCCACGACAUCCCACAUCUCCAAGCAUCCUGUGUUCCUAUCUGAGGAGACGCCCUACUCUUUCCCCACUGGGGGAAACUCUUACCAGGAUGUGUCAGUCCCUCCCCCGGUGCCGCCCCCUCCCUCUGCUGAGGCUCUGAAUGGUUCUGUGAUCGACUCCCCUGACUCCCUCCACUCCUCCAAACAGUCCUUGGGUUCAGCUCCAAAGAGAUCAUGGUCCAGGGGCAGUAGCAGCCCGCCCCUGUCCCACAUUGAAGAGGACCACGUCUACAGUUUCCCCAACAAACAGAAGUCUGCUGACCCAUCUGCGGCUGCCAUGAGCUCAAUGCUAGGCAGUAACCUGUCAGAGCUAGACAGGCUGCUCCUGGAGCUCAAUGCUGUCCAGCAGAACUCUCCCUCUUUCCCCACCACAGAGGAAACCGCCCCACCCCUGCCAUCCUGCAGCAUUACCAACUAUGUGCAGCAGAACGGGGGGCACGCUGACAUCAUGGUGAGCCCUCCCGUUCAGGAGAAGCCCAAACAGAAUGGGACCAGGGUGGUGGAGGAUGGCCGGCCCACAGUGGAGAGUCUGCUGGAUGAGCUGGAGGGUUCUGUACCCAAUCCCAGCCCCUCUGUCCUUCACAGUGAGUUGGACUCCUCCUCUCAGCAGCAGGCCAGAAUCUCAGCAUCCUGUGCUACACGCGAGCUUGACGAGCUCAUGGCCUCCCUGUCCGACUUCAAGCCUGUUCUUGGCUCCUUCGGGUCUAUGAACUUUGAUCCCCAGCUGGAUCAGGCAGAAACCUCCCCCAGCAGCACUCUGAAGGUCCAUCCACGUACCCCCUCCCCUGCUGCAGCUGCAGCUGCCCCCUCCCCCCUUCUCCCCUCCCAACCUGCCUGUGACUCCCCUCUCUUCUCUCUGCCUGCCUGGGAGCUGCACAUAGAGGAGGAAGGUAGGGGGGCAGUGUCCCCUCCACAUCCCUCAUUAUCAAACCCUCCCCCAGCAACUGUAACCUCCCAGAGCCCUCUGUCCUUUGCAAAGAGUGACCCAGAACCAGAAGUCUUCAUCGACAUCUCUCCCACCAUGCUGUCCUCUCAUCAGAAGUCCUUGGUAGUCCUCAACCACUCCAAACCUUCACCUAGCACAUACCCCAGUCCUCCCAAUGCUGCUAAACCAUCACUCACCUCAGCCAGCACCACCCUGGACCAGAACCCCUUAAAAUUCCCUAGUCCCUCUAUAGAAUGUGGCAUAACUCUCUCUGUUACCAAAAGCCCCAGUCCCCUAACUGACAUGGAUCUAAGUUUAUCUACUCAAACUACUACUAAGAGCCUUAGUCCUGUUCCUUUCUCUAACUCCAAGUCCCCUUUACCUCUCUCAGCUUCUGUCACCAAGUCCCCUACUCCUCUCACUUCUUCUAAAGCCCCCUCACCAUCUCUGGUCACGUAUCCCAAGGCUCCCUCUCCCCCAGCUCUCACUAGCCCCAAGAUCUCCAGGAGAGUGCUGGAGCCAGUCCCUGUAGCUGAGCCCUCUCUGGAUGAAGUCCUGGAUAAGCUGCUGGCCAUGAGUUUCACCAAGAUGGAGAAUGAUAGAGUCCCUAUGGAGGCACCUUGGCUGAAGAGGGAGGUGGUGCAUGAAGAGUGCAUCAUGCCCUUAGCCAGAAGGGAGGUGCAGCCGGACACCACCGGGAGUACCCGGGACGGGGCAAGUACCCAUGAAGGGACAAUUACCCGCGAUGGGUCAGUAAUGAGUGGACACAUAGAUGGGCACAGGGAGCUCAUGGACUGGGCUGAUGUGGAGCUGAACAUGUGUCUCCAAGAUGGACUGGAUGGUAGUAUGACUCCUAAUACAGAGAGACCUUAUACAGAUGGGAGCAUGACCCCGAUGACUGAGGCCAGCUGGAUGGAUGAGUCCCUGGAUGGCUCCUCCUGUCCUGGGACUCCUGAUGCUUCCCUGGACCUGCCUCUGCUGCAGCAUGUCACCGUGGACAGGGUCUCGGCAUCUGGACAUCUUAAAUCAGUGAUUAGGCGCACCAAGGGAGACCCCCAACGUGCACCCCAUGUACCGAGAGAUUCACCCCCGGAGGGGGCGGGUGGGCCCCAUCAUUGUCAACAAGAGCAGCUCCCAGGACCGCCUCAUAGAGGAGCUGCAGGGGAAGCUGGGGAUUGGUCGAUUGGCUGACCGCCGGCGUAAGCAGCCUGACGAUUGGCUCACUGAGGGUGUCAUCGUCAUGUCCAAGCCACAGCGUUUCCGUGGUGACGGGGCUGCGAACGAGGUGGACAAGGUUGGCCUGGAUACGAUCAUAACAGGAUCCCACCAUCCCAGAUACUAUUGCACAUUUCUCAUGAAUUUUUACUCUGAAAUUUCACUUCACUUUCCGUUCUUUACCUUUUCCUUUUCUCUGGUUGUCCCUGUCUGUCUUCUUCUUCUUCUCCUCAGAUCAUUAUUCCCCCAGAGUCACCUAUAACUCAGAGGGUCAUUUCCCCACCCCA